AUGAAGAGGUUGAACUUUGCCGAGUUGAAUGACGAAGCCAGGAACCUCAUUUCGUCUCACGUUGCCCAUGCUUCACAUACGCAUGAAAAGACGACCAGAGAAGGUUCCAGUAGCGAUCAUCAAGCAAAUAUUUCGACAGAAGACCCGCAAUCAGAACUAAUAACUUCUGAGAAUAGAGAAGAUUCUUCACCUGGACUUCAUCGAAGCCACGAAAGUAGUAGUUCUUCUUUCUAUGCACCCAAUCCAGACUUGUUUCUUCGUAGAGAGGACCAGCCAGAAUAUGACCAGCAGGACUUCAUGUUGGACGAAGCAGAAGACGGAUAUGUUCCUCCACCUCGUCACGUUCAUGCUGGCGUUCUUUCGUCAUUAUUGAAGCUAUACCAGAAUCCACAAUAUUCCAAAUCUGCCACCAGUUUUGGAACCUCAUCCCGAACUCCAACGCUAGCGGAGGAAAGCACUUUCGACGAGAGCAUUAUCGGAUCUUCCAAGGGCUCCACUCUCGACUUUUCAAAGUUGAAACACGGUAUAAUGAAUGCACCCAAAAACAUGUCUCAAACAGCUCAGAAAAUGUCCAAAAUAAUCCCCGGUAAAAGUAGCAAAAUCAACAGAAACAGUGAACAUGAAAAAGGUCUGUUCAAUGAAAAAGACUCUGAGGGAUUCCAGCUUCCCUCGUUCCAGAAUGCCAAACCAAAGCAUCCCAAGAAACCACCAGUUUCCAAGAACAUCAAAAAGUUGACCAACCACAGGAAACAAGAACAACUCCGUAUCACAGUUCACGUCGCAGACAUCUUGCAACGACAAAGAUUCAUCAUCAGAAUGUGCAGGGCUUUGAUGUUGUUUGGAGCUCCCACCCAUAGACUCGAAGAAUAUUUGAUUAUGACAAGCAGAGUGUUGGAAAUUGAUGGCCAGUUCAUCUACUUUCCUGGGUGUAUGAUAAUUUCGUUUGGUGAUGCCACCACAAGAACGUCAGAAGUUCACAUGGUACGGUGCGUGCAAGGUUUGAACUUGUCGAAAUUGCAAGAUACCCACAAGAUCUACAAAGGCGUUAUCCACGACUUGAUUGGUGUGGAAGAUGCUGCACAGAGAAUCGAAAACUUGUUGAAGAGCAAAAACUUAUAUCCAGCCUGGUUCUGUGUUUUCGUAUAUGGAAUGGGAUCUGCUGCUGUUUGUCCCUUUGCUUUUGGUGGUGGCUGGACAGAUAUUCCUAUUUCAUUUGCUGUUGGAUGCUGUGUGGGAUACUUGCAGUUCUAUCUUGCUUCGAUGUCGAACUUGUACUCUUCUGUAUUUGAAGUCACUGCGUCUAUCGUAGUCUCAUUCAUUUCAAGAGGUAUUGGUUCCAUCAAGGGUGGUGAUAUAUUCUGCUUCUCAGCCAUUGCCCAGGGUAGUUUGGCGUUGAUUUUACCAGGUUAUAUCAUCUUGUGUGGCUCCUUGGAGUUGCAAUCUCGGAAUUUGGUGGCUGGCUCGGUUAGAAUGUUCUACGCCAUCAUAUACUCGUUGUUUUUGGGAUUUGGGAUAACUUUGGGUGCUGCUUUGUACGGCUGGGUAGACAAGAAUAGCGUUUCGGUUAACACCUGUGCAGCUGACCACUCUUUGAAUGACAAAUGGAAGAUCUUAUUUGUUCCUCUUUUUGCUCUAAGCCUUGGUCUUAUCAACCAAGCCAGAUGGCUGCAGGUUCCGGUGAUGCUUAUUAUUGCCAGCAUUGGCUACAUCGGGAACUUCUUUGCCGGAAAGCAUUUCAGCACUGUCACCGAGUUCACAGCUUGUAUCGGAGCCUUCAUUGUAGGAGUCUUGGGAAACUUGUACUCGAGAAUAUGGCGCGGAAUGGCUGUGAGUGCAAUGUUACCUGCGAUUUUCGUACAAGUGCCCUCUGGUAUCGCUUCGAAAUCGUCUUUAAUCUCGGGAGUACAAGCAGCUGAUCAGCUCACCAAAGGCAACGGAACUACAGCAGUUCAAAAUACAGAUUAUGCAAGUUCGCUCAGUUUUGGAGCGACAAUGGUAGAGGUUUCAAUUGGGAUUAGUGUGGGACUUUUUGCGGCAGCUUUAGUGGUUUAUCCAUUUGGAAAAAAGAAGACUGGUCUCUUUACAUUAUAG